CUCAGCCGUCCAAACACGCGCUAGGGUUUUUUUUCCGUUCUUCGGCUUCGCUUGUUCUCAUACCCCGGCCCGCCUUGCUUUCCUUCUGUUCGGCCUGCGCGCGAGGCGAGGGAGAAAGGGAAAGGAAACCUGCCGUAGCCGCCGUCGCCGUCUCCGCCGUCAUGUCGCUGAUAGCGAACGAGGAUUUCCAGCACAUCCUUCGUGUUCUGAACACGAACGUAGAUGGCAAGCAAAAGAUCAUGAUCGCCCUUACCUCCAUCAAGGGUAUCGGCCGCCGAUUCGCCAACAUCGUCUGCAAGAAGGCCGACGUCGACAUGAACAAGAGGGCUGGUGAGCUCUCAGCUGCUGAGCUUGAGAACCUCAUGACGGUUGUUGCCAACCCUCGCCAGUUCAAGAUCCCAGAUUGGUUCUUGAACAGGAAGAAGGACUACAAGGAUGGUCGGUACUCGCAGGUUGUCUCCAAUGCUUUGGACAUGAAGCUGAGAGAUGAUUUGGAGCGACUGAAGAAGAUAAG